AUGGAAUUCACUGACACUGCCCCUUCCAACUGGCCUACCAGCCAGCCCGGCUUCAACUUUGACCUCGCUCUCGCUGAAAUGGCAGCCGCGCCUGGACUCGAAUACUUUGGACCCGAGGGUACCUCCAAGACUCCUGAAAAGAGUAUCUUACUCGAAACCCUCGACGACCUGAACCAAUCUGAGUACGGCCAGAAGAGCCUCUUCUCGUCUUUGGACGAAGCUCGCGCCAGCCAGCGCCGAGUUGUCCAGACGCCCGAUGACCCAAGCAUCCCGGUCACUCCCUCGGAGAAGCGUACUGUGGUCGUUCUCCUCCGAGAGGCCAUCAAGAAUGUCCAGCAGGCGCAGGAUUCCGAUAAGGUCAUCUCGGUAUUUCGAAACGGCCGUUACCCCGAUGAUCGGGUGGAGCUGGCUUGCUGGGAGAUGCUGGAGGCCAUGAUUCGCCGCCACACUGACGGCGCUGCCUUGACCCACAACUUCGUCGACAAGAACUCCAGCAAUUUCCCCUCUUUUGUUGAUCGUUUGAACUACCUGGUUGAGAGCCUGGUGUCAAUCUGUAAGCAUGUGCUGGACCCCAUCUACAUGCACACCCUCAUUGACGACCCACUGGCUGCCAUCAAGCGGGUGGAAUCCAACAAGCGCGUCAACGACGUGAAGGGGAAGCGACUGGCAAAGGCCAUGAAAGAUGAGGCUGCCGAUUCCCCCGUUCCUCCUCGCAACAAGAAGCGCAAGUCGGUGGACCACGUUGAGAACGCUCAGGAGGAUGACGCGAUGCCCACCCCCAAUUCUACGCCCAAGUGCGCUCGCCACUGA